AUGCCUGAGAGGAACCGGUCCGAGCCGAGACUGAGGGGAGCCCCUGGUGGUGUGGCCCCCACAUCCACAAAGGAGCCUGAGGAGCCAACCCAUGAUGCCUUGCCGACACUUGAUAAUUACCUUGCUCAAUCAAAGGGGCGCGCGACUGUAUCAGCGGCUGUUCCGAACUUAUUUGUGCUGCCCGAGCAGCGUAAGUUGCAGCUGAAAUGUGGGACUCCACUUGAUUCUCCGAUGGUUGCACAUCAGCCCGGUGCUGGUGACGUGAGUUCAGGGCUUGGCUGUUUUCGAGGGGGUGAGGUGCGGGGCUUGAGAGGAGCAGGUGCGGGGCUGCCCGCUUGCAAGCGCGCGAAAUAUUUAUAUAGCGCGCUCUCGCUGCCGAGCUGCCGCAGUAUAACGACUACCAGUAGUACCACACCCGACAAAACAAUAGUUACCUACUUACUUUGA